GUUUUAAACACCGUAGAAAUAUUUUGCCUAAUUUUAGAUUUCGUCAUCAACUUCUCGCUUUGUGAGUCUUAUUUGUAACCACGCGAGAUUUCACGAGAUCUUCGUGCUGCCAUUUAAGUCUGAAAAAGAUUCCACGGUAGAGUUGUGAUAGACUAUUAUCCUUUAUAAAUCCUGUCAUCAAUAUUACGGCCCAGCUACGAGACUGAAUUUUGAACGCAGCGAUUUGUAAUAAAACGGGGAGCCACAUUUUCUCAUUUAUCUGGACUAGCCUAUGGCUAUUGCGAAUGCUAGCUACCAAACAUCAACAGGAAGUAGCAGCCAAGCUAAAGGUCUAAUGUCUUGCUCUUUGAGCUCUCCAGACAUGAAUUGUACUUUGGAGAAAGUCCUGACCGAUGCAAAAUCGUUGGUCGAAAGGCUCCGCAACCAUGACCGGGCAGCAGAGAUGUUAAUCGAGCAGACAACAUUUCUGAAUAAGCGAGUGGACUCCAUGAAGCAGUAUCAAGUAGAGAUUGACUCACUAAACCAGGUCGCACGUCAUCGGCCUCGAUCCAGUCUGAUCCUGGGCAUCCAACAGGAAAAUCGCCAAAUUCGAGCUCUCCAGAUGGAAAACAAAGAGCUCCGGACGUCGCUGGAGGAACACCAGUCUGCGCUGGGGCUCAUAAUGAACAAAUACAAGGAGCAGAUGUUUCGACUGCUCAUGGCCAGGAAGAGGGAUGACCCCAACAUUGUGACCCAGCUGAAGGAGCAGCACACGACGGAACUCCAAGCGCACGCCGACAAGAUCAACGAGAUGGCCUCGGUGAUGAGGAAAGCGAUAGAGGUGGACGAGGGGCGCCUGUGUGAAGAUGAGGAGAGGAUUAAACGGCUGGAGCUGGAGAACAAUGGACUGAGAGAGCUGCUCGGAAUCAGCCGCGAAGCAUUCCUGAUCCUGAACAGAGAGGACGCGUCGGAGAACACGUCGCUCUCGCCGCCGUUGACCAACACUGAACACAAUCUACAAAACAGCUAGAGUAGAGACAGGACUGACCAUUAUGCGUCCGCUACAUUGUGUUGUGGAUGCACCAGUUUUUCCUCCAUGGACUCACCCCCCCUGAACUGCCAGUGCAUCUACUGCAGGGGUCGGGAACCUAUGACCCACAACCCGGAUCUGGCUCUUAUGAUGGUUGCAUAAAGCUCGCGGAACCCUCAUAACAACAUACCGUACAUGUCAUUUCUGUUGCGUAGGCAACGCAAAUGCGGCAGUGACAGUUUGUCCUAGUAGGGUAGCCGUAGUUUCCCGUCCAAUAUGGCAGUUUACGUUAGCAGGUGGAACAAAUGGUGGAAACACUUUUGACAAAGAUCGCUCAAAGAAAAAAAGAUGAGUACUGCAGUUUUUGGAAAGAAUGGGCAAAGGAAUUUGCCUUGGUGGAGAGAGAAAAGGUUCCGCGGCGUGUCUAAAUUAUAAUGACAAAAUUGCAACCGUGAAAUACUCGAAUAUAAAAGCGCCACUUUGUCACGCGCCAUACGACGUUUGCGUCAAAAUAUCCCGCGGGGGCAGCAGGAAGAGAGCGCGUCGAGAGCUGCUUUCAAGAGUCCAAGAUAGUCAGCGGCUAAUCCUUGUUUGGAGCCAACAAGGUGAAUGGAAUUUAGCAAUGGUGAGGAACAUACUUGAUGCUGCCAAUAAAUAUUUCGACAAGUUCGCAUAAAGACAAAAUAAUCAUACGAAUAAAAGACAUGUCAAAUUGAAUUACAUUCACGAUUAACGGAUGGAAUGCUCAACGCGUGCAUGAAGCUAAAUGAUGUACAAAACAGAUUAUAAAGUCAUCAGCAAAGAAGUUGCAUUAAUAGUAAGAAGUACUUUUGUCAAAAUUGAUUAGCAACAAUAAGUAAUGUUAUUUACAAGAAUUCAGAGACUUACUGUACUCUAAAAGUGUUGGUCUUACAUAAAUGCGCAAAUACACCUGGAUUUAGUUUUGAAAAUAUUGUAAGGCUCUUUUGAAAUUUACUUUAAAAUAUUAAAAUAUAUCUAAUCAAAAAGGUUCCCGACCCCUGAGAUACUGUAUAACCUUCCUCGAGAAUUGCAUUUGAACAAUCGAUUUUCUCUUUUUUGUUUUUUUUUUUGUUUUUGGGGGGUGCUUCUUUUAUGUUUGCCAGUGUGGCGAGCAAAGCCUGCAGCACUUGCAAUAACUUGAAAGUGUGUGUGAUCAAGGAAAAUGUGAGUUCGAAUAAAUACAUGACUAUCGAAUAAAGCAUUCGCUGUUUUGGAGUU